AAGCGCAUUGACCAAUGGGAUUACGAGCCUUGGUGAUUGACGUUUCUGUGAGCCAAUAGAGAGCGACUACUUCUCUCAGCCAAUCACCUUGCUAGCUCGGGUCAGGUGGGCGGGACCCAUAAACUACCCGUCAGUGGUCGCCUGAAGAUGUCUGACAACGCAGAGUCUCCAGUAGAAACACAGAAAGAGGAGUCACAACCGCCAGCGGACGACUCCACGACAAGUGACGAUAAGAAGAAAAUUGAUGUGCUGCUGAAGGCAGUGGGAGACACUCCUAUAAUGAAAACAAAGAAGUGGGCAGUGGACAGGGUGAGGACGAUACAGUCCCUGUCUCAGUUCAUCUCUCGCUUCCUCAAGCUUGAUGGCACUGAGCAACUGUUCAUUUAUGUUAACCAGUCAUUUGCCCCCUCACCGGAUCAAGAAGUAGGGAUGCUCUUUGAUUGUUUUGGCAGCGAUAACAAGCUGGUUCUACAUUACUGUAAAUCUCAAGCCUGGGGUUGAACUGCUUCCUUCAACUCCAUUUCAGACCUCCCCCUUUUUCUUAAAUCCAUCCUCCAAACAUGCACACAAUGUUGUUUUUGCUUAUCAGUCUUUCUGUAUAUACAUAUUGUAAAUAAAUGAUUGUAACAAUA